UGGUCAUCAAAUUAAUGGUUCCACCUCCGGCAGACAUAUUGCUGAACUUACUGGAGCAAAAAUCUUCAACAUAAGCGGAAAGAUCGGGGUUUAAAGUUGUUAGCAUUUCGAAUACACUGAGUCAUACACCUUAACCAUAUGGAGAACACAAUGGAGCCAUCAGCCAGUCCGGCCAAGGAUAACAACUAUCGGAUGAACCGCUACAAGAACAAAGCGCUGAACCCGGAGGAGAUGCGGCGCAGGAGAGAGGAGGAGGGCAUCCAGCUCAGGAAACAAAAAAGAGAACAGCAGCUUUGCAAACGGAGGAACGUGGACGUCCUCACUGAAGAGGAAUCCAUGUUGGAGAGCCCUCUAGUGGACUCGCAACUCAGCCCGCCAGUCACGGAAGGAGUCAUCACCAGAGAUAUGGUUGAGAUGCUGUUCUCAGAGGAACCCGAACAUCAGCUCGCCACCACACAAAAGUUCAGGAAACUUCUCUCGAAAGAGCCUAACCCGCCCAUAGAUGAGGUUAUAAACACAAGCGGUGUUGUGGAGAGGUUUGUGGCUUUCCUCAAGAUGAGCACCAACUGCACAUUACAGUUUGAAGCAGCUUGGGCCCUGACCAACAUCGCAUCAGGCACAUCCAUGCAGACCAAGACUGUGAUUGAAGCUGGCGCUGUUCCCAUCUUUAUAGAGCUUCUUAAUUCCGACUUUGAGGAUGUGCAGGAGCAGGCUGUGUGGGCUCUGGGCAAUAUUGCAGGGGACAGUGCCUUGUGCAGGGACUAUGUGCUGAAUUGCAACAUCCUUCCACCACUGUUAAUGCUCCUGACUAAAUCCACCAGACUGACCAUGAUUAGGAAUGCUGUGUGGGCUUUGUCUAAUCUCUGCAGAGGAAAAAACCCUCCACCUUCUUUUGAAAAGGUGUCUCCCUGUCUCCCAGUACUCUCCAGGCUUCUAUUCAGCAGCGAUCCAGACCUGCUGGCAGACGCCUGCUGGGCUCUGUCCUACCUCUCCGACGGCCCCAACGACAAAAUCCAGGCCGUCAUCGACUCCGGGGUCUGCAGGCGCCUCAUAGAACUGCUCAUGCACACCGACUACAAGGUGGCCUCUCCUGCCUUGAGAGCUGUCGGGAACAUUGUGACAGGAGAUGAUAUCCAGACGCAGGUUGUGUUGAACUGCUCUGCUCUGCCUUGUCUGCUGCACCUGCUGAGCAGUGCCAAAGAGUCCAUUCGCAAGGAAGCGUGCUGGACCAUUUCCAACAUCACUGCCGGAAACCGAGCGCAGAUACAGACAGUUAUUGAUGCUAACAUCUUUCCAGUCCUGAUUGAAAUUCUACAAAAAGCAGAGUUCAGGACUAGGAAAGAGGCCGCCUGGGCCAUCUCCAACGCCACCUCCGGAGGAACGCCAGAACAAAUCAGAUAUUUAGUCAACCUGGGCUGCAUCAAGCCGCUGUGCGACCUGUUGACGGUGAUGGACGCCAAGAUCGUCCAGGUGGCCCUCAACGGUCUCGACAACAUCCUGCGGCUGGGCGAACAAGAAGCCAAGCAGAAGAACCACGGCACGGGCAUCAACCCGUACUGCAGUCUCAUCGAAGAAGCUUACGGUUUGGAUAAGAUCGAGUUCCUCCAGAGUCACGAGAACCAGGAGAUCUACCAGAAGGCCUUCGACCUGAUCGAGCACUACUUUGGGGGGGAGGACGAGGACAGCAGCCUGGCUCCUCAGGUGGACCAGGAGAACCAGCAGUUCCUCUUCCCCCAUCAGGAGGCGCCCAUGGAAGGCUUCCAACUCUAAGGCUAAGGUUCACACGAGUCCAUCUGAUUGGGGAGGGGAGGGGGCGUUUUCUCGAGGUCAUGCCUCGUUUCACUGUUGCCGUGAAGCGCACACGGGCGCGCACACACACACCUUUCUGCCACACGCUCUGGGGGUCUCUCCAUGGCAGGCGUGAUUAUUUGGAGACAUUUUAAUUUCCGUUCCUAUUUUUUCAGGAAAGAUGCCCCGCCCCCUCGAUGUCAGCCUGACGGUGCAAUUGAACAAAUGUACUUUCAAAGUAUCUUUUUCCGUUUUGCAUUUUCCACCCACAAAUAACUUUAUUUCAUGGAAAGCACUUGUCAGAGAGGCUGAGAGAAGGGAUCACCAACCGUGUGUUAUUUUUUUUCCCCCUGCUUUCUUUGAAUUUUUUUUGUGUAUGGGCAAGCAGGAGAAAAUAUCAAAAGGCUUCAGGUGAAUUCACGACAUGUUCCCAAAAAAGGAAAGAAAAAAAAAAAAAUCCGGGUUCCUAUGGGUGGUUUAGUUGGCAUUCAAAAUGUUCGACGCGUGCUGUGUUAUUAAUAGGAUUACAUUUGAAUUGUGAAGUGAGCUAACAUGGAAAAAUCCGGGCGUGGUGGCUGCAGCGAAACUGUAUAUUUAGAUGAGCGGAUAUUUACAGUAAGACGCAAAUUUCCACUUCUGCUUCCCAGCUGCAUGCAGUCGCGUGGUUUUGUGGCUGUCUGCACAUUCCGGGCCCGCAGCAGAAAUCAGUCAUGAUCAUGCCGUCAUGUGCUAUCUAGUGCUAGUGGAUGUGUAGCUUUGUGUCAUCAAGUGAGACGGAUUUGCAUGGUUCUAGCGUAGCCCCCCCACCCUCUCCCCCGGGCACGGGAUGUGUAUCAGACAGCACGCCGUUCAGAGUGUAGUCCCAUUGGGUAACUUUUUUUGUUGUUGGUUUUUUUUUUUUUGCAUUGAUUAUUAAUGUACCCGUUUGCAUGCACACACACACUUGCAUACAACACCUGCAGACAUUGCACAUCACACAGAUGACUGGCUACUUGCAAGCUAAAAAGAAAAAAAAAA